AUGGAGCUGUUGAACACAGAAUUAAACGGUGCAAUUCUCUGCUCCAGCUUGUGGUCUCAGGCACCAUUUCCCCCAUCCUCGUCCUUGCUGCCACCGGCUCCAAGCCCCUGGGACCCAAGCAUCACCAUCCUGCCUAGCAGCUUUGAGCCAGCCUCCCCCCUAAUUCCCCCAGUGACAAGCAGCUUUGUCCCUUCUUCCAGCCAAACUCUGGAAGGGGUGGCAAUAGUUGCCACCAGGCGGGCAGGCCGAGGACCAGUGGUCAAGGACCAGGGACUCAGAGCCCGCAUUCCGCAGGAUCUCAGCCCAUGGCGCCUCCGGCAGCAAAGGUGCCGAGAACCACCUAUCACUGGCACAUGGAAUCUUCGUCUCUGCCCUUCUCCCUCGGUUGCGGGAGAGCCGUCUUACAUCCACAUCCUCGUGGGGCAGCUGGAAGAGGAGGCCUGUCUGGAAGGAAGCGGAGCGGCUCAAGCGCCCCAGAGCAGGAGCUGGGUAGAGGGGGGGCGUUUCUCGGGGUUCAGAUCUCAACACUGGGAGGGGAGGGCCCGGGCCUCCACCGAUUGCAGCUCCGGACGCCGGUGGGAGAGUUUCGGAGCCGCUGAGGAGAGGGCGGCGACGAAUGGGAUUGACGGGGUCCCAGGGUCCUGGCGCUGGGCAGGAGGCGGCGGAGGUGGUUGGGGCACCACCUACGUCUUUCCGCUGCGCACGGGUGAGCCGAGGCCGCUGCUGGUGGCGGCCGCAGGAGGCAGUCGGGCGUACUUGAAGCGGCAGGACCGAGGGGGGACUCAGACCACCGCCCAGAAACUAGAGAGCCGCUCGGUGGCGCUCAGGAGCAGCUGGAGAGGCGGGGCGGCAGGUGCAGGCGGCGGCUGAACAUCGUGGGCCCCCCAGUCCCCGCCGGCGGGUCAGCGAGGAAGGGGUGGGGGCAGCCAGGGCAACGCGGAGGUCUGGGCUAAGCUUGGCUGGGUGGCAGCCGGCGGCUUCGCGGGAGGCGCAAUAUCAGUUCUUUUACUCAUUGUCAUGGAGAGUCACAGAGAGGUGGAGAUUCGACUAGACCUCAAUUGCUGUCUUUGCCUUUUGAAGAUCUGCCAAUGCCAGGCCGAGCUCCAAUUGGCCAACUGCCUGUGCCCAGAGGGCAUGGAGCUGGCUGCAGAUAACGUCACCUGCAUGGCGAGUUCAGCCAUCAGAGCAUCAGAAUACUGUGAGUACAUCAGGGCUACCUCUGGCCUAAUUCUGCUGGAGUUGGUGUCUGGAGGGGACAUGAAGGGUUUCCUGAGUCAGGUAAAGACCUGUUCAUGGGACCCCAAACCUGCCCAGCCAUCACCUCUGGCCAUGCAAGACCUCCUCCAGCUGGGGGACAUAGCUGAGGGUUGCCACUACCUGGAAGAAAAUCACUUCAUCCACAGGUCGCAAUGAUUUUUUGCCUGACUCUGCUGGGCCACCAGGAACUGCCUUCUGAGCUGCAAUGGAUUCAGCCAAGUGGCCAAGAUUGGAGACUUGCAUGCAAGCAAUAUCUACAGGGCCAGUUAUUACCACAAGGGGGGCCCCCCAGAAGCCUCCCUGGAGGGCAUCUUUACAUCCAAGGCAGACUCCUGGUGAUUUUAAAUGCUGCUCUGGGAGAUCUCACUGGGCUAUAUACCCUACCCUGGGUGCACCAGUCAGGAGGUGCUGACUGUCAUGGGUGUUGCCAGGGUUGGCAAUGAACUCCUCUCCCCAGGUACUGUAUCCCCAGUGUUAACAGCAUCAGCUGAACCUUGUCCUCAUUUUGCCAGCAUCUUGGAGCAUCUUCAGUACAGCACUCAGAACCCUGUUGUGCUGAAUUCUCCCCUUUCAAUGGAAUUAACCCAUUCUGGAGGAGAGGGGCUGGGGAGCCUGUCUUUGGGGGGCCUAAGAUCUCCACAGGCCCAGGAACUGAGUCUAGGGAGCUUGAAGAACUGGGGAGGGAGCCUCCUUGGUCCCCAGCUGUCCUUUGGCCUCAAGUCCCCCGAAUCCAGGAGUAACCAACCUUGGAACCUUUGGAAUCUCACCUGUGGUUCCUGGGUGCCACAGGGUCCUAUGGGUGAGGACUCUGGCAUUGAUGGUGACAGUUCCUCCCUGCACUCCUCCCCAGGCUUCUAG